CAGGCCCCGCCCAUUGGACACGCCGGCGCGGUGCGAGCUCCCCGACUCCGGCCAUGGCGCUGGCAGGUGCACCUGAGGUGAUCCGGGCGGCGCAGAAAGACGAUUACUACCUGGGAGGCCUGCGGAGCGCGGCGGGUAGCGCGCUGCACAGCCUAGCGGGUGCAAAGAAAUGGCUGGAAUGGAGGAAAGAGAUCGAACUGCUCUCAGACAUAGCCUACUUUGGCCUCACUACAAUUGCAGGCUACCAGACACUCGGAGAGGAGUACGUGGGGAUCAUCCAAGUGGACCCGUCCCAGAAGCGUGUGCCCUCCGGGCUCCGCCGUGGGGUGCUGGUUGCACUGCAUGCUGUCUUGCCCUACCUGCUGGACAAGGCGCUGCUGCCCCUGGAGCAGGAGCUACAAGCCGAUGGUGAAGGUGCACGGGCUUCACAGGGAAGUCUGCUGUCUGGAGGACGCAGCCGAUCAGGGGCAAGGCGCUGGGUGCGUCACCAUGUGUCCACCCUGACUGAACAGCAACGGAGGACGCUCCAGCGGACAGUCUUUAUCCUCAGACAGGGCCUCGCCUGCCUCCAUCGGUUCCAUGUUGCUUGGUUUUAUAUCCAUGGUGCCUUCUAUCACCUGGCCAAGAGGCUAGCAGGGAUCAGCUACCUCCGAACUCGACGCUUGCCUGGAGAGGACCUGAGAGCUCGUACAAGCUACCGACUACUGGGACUCGUCUCCCUGUUGCAUCUGGCACUGUCCAUGGGGCUACAGUUGUAUAGCUUCAGGCAGAAGCAGCGAGCCAGGAAGGAGUGGAGGCUGCACCGCAACCUGUCCCACCGCAGGAGUUCCCUGGAAGACAGAGCUGUUUGCAGAAACCCACUAUGCACCCUGUGCUUGGAGGAACGAAGACACUCCACGGCUACACCUUGUGGCCACCUCUUCUGCUGGGAGUGCAUUACAGAGUGGUGCAACACUAAGACAGAGUGUCCCCUGUGCAGGGAGAAGUUCCCACCCCAGAAGCUGGUCUACCUGAGGCACUACCGCUGACCGGGACAGAUCAUCACCAAACAGCUCCAAGAAGUGGAUGGAAGUUCACAGAGUUUAUCCUCAGAACUGUGGUUGUACAGAAAUAUAAAAUCCUCACUGUUGUCAUGUAAGCUACUAGUUACCUGGGAAGAGCAAGGGUCGGGGCAAAUGGACAAUACUGCAUAUGGGACAGGAGAGUUUAUUGCCCCUUAUUUAUUAUGACUUCUUCUGAGUCUCCGGAGGUGGUGGGGCCCUUCCCUUCCCAAGCCACACUGUUGAGAACUGCUUCACAAGUUGGGGGUGUUUUGCUCAGGUCUGUAUGAGAGGCAGGGCCGAGGGUUAGGUUGGAAGUGCAGCACUACAGCGUGGGCUCCACACCCACAAGUCAGCACUCCUCCUAACGCACUUGCCACAUGCUUAUUAACUCGUGUCCCCAACUCCUUAAGGAAAUGAAGGUCUCCAUCUGGGCCUAAUGGGUAGGAAUGGGGGCUCGCUGAGUUACAGAUCUUUUUUUUUUCAAUUGUAUGAAGGUGGGCACAUGCCACGGCACAUGUAUGGAGAUCAGAGAACAACUUGCAGGGGUUGGUUCUUUUUAUGAAGUGUUUCAGGGCGUAAGUUCAGGUUGGGCUGGGCAGCAGCAUCUUUACUUGUCAAACAUCUCGCCGACCUGGCAGAGUUGGCUUGAAUGAGUUUUCUCCUCUAAACCAACUUCCAUGUGUCCUGAGAUACUAGUCCUCUAAGGAAGUUUGGUGAGUUGAAUCUGCUUGGAGGCCUGGAUGAACAAGUGUGACCUGCUUAUCCAAUGUCACUUAUGUGUCCAGUUCCCUCUUGGCUUGUCCCUAGCUUCUUGCCUCCAUUUGACAUUUCCAAGCUGACAAAGACAGUCUGGAAUAUCUUUAAGAGACUAAUUCUACAGAAAAGGUACAUUAAGAACAGAUCCAGCUGGGCAGUGGUGGCACACACCUUUAAUCCCAGCACUUAGGAGGCAGAAGCAGGUGGAUCUGAGUUCAAGGCCAACCUGGUCUAUAGAGCAAGUUCCAGGACAACCAACCAGGGCUACACAGAGAAACUGGGUCUCAAAAAAACCCCAAAAAACAAAGACAAAAAAAAAAAAUCUAGAAAGACUUCAUAAAAUAGUGUGAAGAUAUCUAUAAUUAGUGAAUAGGGCUGAAGCCCAGCCACCAGCAAUGGUGUUUGAUGUCACAAUGUUCCUUGACAAGGUCCCCUUACCAAGAGCAGGAACCUUUCCUCUAGGGGGAGCAGGGGGCCAAGACUGACACAAAGUAACUUCAGGGACCCUAUGGGAAGACAAAGUUCCUGUGGGAACCUGGAACACAAUUCUGCAGUCAUCUAGAGUACCCCAUUUGUAAAUCACUGCUCUGGCCAGGUACACCCAACUUUCUUUCCAUCAUCUGUUGAGACUAGUCAGUGAUAUGGAAAAUAUAAACAAAAAUGUCCAGAUUUGAAUCCACAUGCUCACGUAGAAAAGAAACUUAGAACAUCGUUAGAAAAUGACAGGUUGAAUGUACAAAAUGUGGCCUAAAAGGACCAUCAUAGUGUCAGCAAAAGGAUCCUAGAUGACUGACUUACUCAGCAUCUAAAAUUGUAGGAUGGAUGAGAAACACAACUAAGGAGAGUUCUGAAGAGGUCACAGCCUGGGAGAAAAAGCCUACUUGCACCUGACAGCCUCUCUCCCUCCUAUGCCUAUGGUGUCUGCUCUGUCCUGGUGCUCCUUGGCACAAUGGCUCCCCUCCUACAGCUGUAAACAGCAGGGUGUGCUUCAAUGAGAUGACUAGUGGUGCAGACGGAGACUACACAAGCAAGGGACACUUUCUUUAAUAAAGUUGGAAUUUAAAAGUCA